AUGGCGGAGAUCAAGAUCGACAGCAAGCUCUUCCAGGAGCGCAUCUCCCAUUUCGUCAAUGCCUGGAAGGCCGACAAGCGAGCUGGCGACGCGGUGUUCGGCGGCGUCUCCUCCAUCCUCGUCAUGAUGGGCAAGGUCGAGGAGGUCCAGGAAUUUCACAAGAACAAUGCCAUGCAUUUCUGGCUGCUUGGUUACGAGUUCCCGACCACCUUGAUGCUCCUCACCCUCGACACAAUCUACAUCCUCACUACGGCAAAGAAAGCCAAAUAUCUCGACCAGGUCAAGGGCGGCCGGUUCCCCGUCGAGGUGCUUGUCCGCGGCAAAGACGCAGCAGAGAACGAGAAGCUUUUCGUAAAGAUCGCCGAGACCAUCAAGGAGGCAGGAAAGAAAGUUGGCGUAAUCUCGAAAGAUACAUCUCGCGGACCAUUCGUCGACGAGUGGAAGAAGGUCUUCGCCGACAACUGCAAAGAUGUGGAAGAAACCGAUAUCACACAUGCACUCUCCACGGCCGCCUUUGCGGUCAAGGAUGAGACUGAGCUGAGAGCGAUGCGAACUUCUUCCAAGGCUUGCGUCGCGCUGAUGAACCCAUUCUUCCUGGACGAGAUGUCCAACAUCCUCGAUCAGGAGAAGAAGGUCAAACACAGCACAUUGGCUGAUAAGGUUGAGAAGAAGCUUGAUGAUGACAAGUUCUGGAAGACAGUGAAGCUGCCUAACGGUCAGGGCCUUCCAAACGAUCUUGAUCCCGAGCAGCUGGACUGGACUCUGGGGCCUGUUGUGCAGAGUGGCGGCAAGUUCGAUUUGAAGAUGCAGACGGAGGCCAACAAUGACAACCUUCACCCUGGUAUCAUCAUCGCGGCUAUGGGCCUGCGCUACAAGUCAUACUGCUCCUCGAUCGCUCGAACCUUUCUGGUUGAUCCAAACAAGACCCAGGAGGCUAACUACAAAUUUCUCUACUCUGUGCACAACCUUGUCAUCAAGGAGAUCAGGGACGGCGUGGUCGUCAAAGACGUCUUCCAAAAGGCGCUGAGCUACAUCAAGAGCAAGAAGCCAGAGCUCGAGAAGCACUUUUUGAAGAACGUCGGCUACGGAAUCGGUCUGGAGAACAGAGAUCCGACCCUCGUCCUUAAUGCAAAGAAUACGCGAACUCUCAAGGAUGGCAUGACUCUGUGUAUCACGACAGGAUUCAAUGACAUUGAGAACCCCCAACCUCAGGACAAGAAUAGCAAGAUCUAUUCCCUUACCAUCACGGAUACUAUUCGUGUUACCACCGGCGAACCCGUCAUCUUCACAGGUGAAGCGCCAAGUGACGCAGAUGCCAGUUCAUUCUUCUUCAAGGACGAGGAGGAGCAGCCUACCCCCAAGAAGGAGAAGAAAGACUCGCGCGUCGGUGCCGUCGCAACUAAGAAUAUUACCAGCACACGCCUUCGUUCAGAGCGUACUACGCAUGUUGACGAGGACGCGGAGAAGAAACGCCGAGAUCAUCAGAAGGAGCUCGCCGCAAAGAAACAAAAGGAGGGCCUCGCUCGCUUCGCCGAGUCUACCAGUGGCCAGAAUGGCGUUGAGGUCAAGAAGUUCAAGCGCUUUGAGUCUUAUAAGCGCGAUAAUCAGUUCCCUCCCAAGGUUCGAGACCUCGGCAUUGUUGUUGACCAAAAGAAUGGAACAAUCGUGCUCCCGGUCAUGGGACGACCCGUUCCAUUCCACAUCAACACCAUCAAGAAUGCGAGCAAGAACGAGGAGGGCGAGUGGUCCUUCUUGAGAAUUAAUUUCUUGUCUCCUGGUCAAGGUGUCGGACGUAGAGAUGACCAGCCUUUUGAGGAUGCGUCCGCUCAUUUCGUCAGAAGCUUGACAUUCCGCUCACUUGACGGAGAUCGAUACGCUGAAAUCGCCAACCAAAUCUCCAACAUGAAGAAGGACGCCGUCAAGAAGGAACAGGAGAAGAAGGACAUGGAGGAUGUUGUGGAGCAGGACAAGCUGGUUGAGAUCAGAAAUCGCCGCCCUGCUGUAUUGGAUAAUGUCUUCAUACGGCCGGCCAUGGAAGGAAAGCGUGUUCCGGGCAAGGUUGAGAUCCAUCAGAAUGGUAUUCGAUACCAGUCUCCCCUGAGCACCCAGCAACGAGUUGACAUUCUCUUCUCCAACGUUCGCCAUCUCUUCUUCCAGCCGUGCAAGCACGAGCUCAUUGUUAUUAUCCAUAUCCAUCUCAAGGACCCCAUUAUCGUGGGUAACAAGAAGAAGACCAAGGACGUUCAAUUCUACCGUGAAGCUACAGACAUUCAGUUCGAUGAGACCGGCAACCGCAAGCGGAAGUACCGUUACGGAGACGAGGACGAAUUCGAGGCUGAGCAGGAAGAGCGUCGGCGCCGCGAGGAAUUGGACCGUCUCUUCAAAGCAUUUGCGGAGAAGAUUGCCGAAGCUGGACGCAACGAGAAUAUCGAAGUGGACAUGCCACUUCGUGAACUUGGUUUCCACGGUGUUCCCUUCCGUAGCAAUGUCUACAUUCAGCCAACGACAGAAUGUCUCAUUCAAGUCACCGAGCCGCCAUUCAUGGUUGUCACUCUUGAGGACAUUGAAAUUGCCCAUCUCGAACGUGUUCAAUUUGGGUUGAAGAAUUUCGAUCUCGUAUUCGUCUUCAAGGACUUUACGCGAGCUCCAUAUCACAUAAACACCAUACCUGUUGAGUCACUGGAGGACGUUAAGGAAUUCCUCGACUCUUCAGAUAUUGCGUUCACAGAAGGACCGCUCAACCUGAACUGGCCGACCAUCAUGAAGACUGUUACUGCCGAUACUCAUGAGUUCUUCGCUGGCGGUGGAUGGUCGUUCCUGCAGAGCGAGUCUGAUGACGAGGGUGCUGACGAGGAGGAAGAGGAAGAGUCCAACUUUGAGCUUGACGACAGCGAGCUUGACGAGGCCUCCGAAUCUAGUGAGGAGGACUCUGAUUACGACUCCAAUGCCUCAGCCGAGGCGAGUGAUGACGCUGAGGUCAGCGAUGAGGAUGAAGGUGAGGACUGGGAUGAGCUCGAGCGUAAGGCGAAGAAGCGUGACCGAGAGGGCAACCUGGAUGAUGAUGACCGCGGCAACAAGAAGAAGCAGCGCAGCCGUUAA